AUGUGGAAAGUGCAAACAUAUGGUCGAACGUUCGGUAGGAUGCAUUCAAAUAACUUCAGGUGUGGGUAUUCGUUUUGCUACAAAUGUGGAGACGAAUGGAAGAAGGAGGUUGCCCUCACCGAUUUAAGUAUAACUUGGUGGGAUGCGCAAAUAUCCAACGUUACUCACCCUGAACUAAGAUGCACUUUGUGUCUUGAGAUCAUCAGGAUCAAGAAGAACCUGAACGUUCCAGUGUAUACAUCACUCGGUGUCAUGACCAGAGAAACAAUCAUUGAGGUCGAUGUGACUGAGGCCUGGUCUUGUUUGGAAAAGUUGUCUGGGUAG